AUCCAUGAGCCGCCAGACUCGAGUACAAUGGCGGCGUCUUGUCUCUGUGCCGUUUUCGGCCUCCUCGCUUUGCUCUCUCUCUUCCUCGUCUCUGCCAUGGCGAACGAAGCCCGCGGGUGCUUCUCUCCGGCGCACGACAGACACCUCAUGGGAGUGAGGACCUACCCGCGGCCCCAUGAGAGCAUGUCUGUACAGGAUCUGCCGGUCGCGUGGGACUGGAGGGACGUAGGACGGAGGAACUUUGUGAGUCCGACUCGCAACCAGCACAUCCCACAAUACUGCGGCUCCUGCUGGGCCAUGGGAUCCACCAGCGCCAUGGCCGACCGCAUCAACAUCCGGCGUGGCGGAGUCUGGCCACUGGCCUAUCUCUCUGUGCAGCAUGUGAUCGACUGUGGAGGCGCUGGCUCCUGUGAGGGAGGAGACCACAUGGGAGUGUGGAAAUUCGCUCACACGCACGGCGUGCCGGACGAGACGUGUAACAACUAUCAGGCUAAGGACCAAGACUGCAAUGGGUUCAAUGAAUGUGGCACAUGCACCACAUUUGGGGUUUGCUUCAACAUCAAGAACUUCACCCGGUGGAGAGUGGGCGACUACGGCGCGGUCACGGGGAGAGAGAACAUGCAACGCGAGAUCUACAAGAACGGACCUAUCAGCUGUGGACUGAUGUCCACCUCGAAGUUCCACAACUACACCGGCGGCCUCUACACGGAGUUCAUUCCUACCCCCUUUGAGAAUCAUAUCGUGUCGGUGGUCGGGUGGGGCGUGGACAAGGAGGAGGGAGGCGCUGAGUACUGGGUUGUCCGCAAUUCCUGGGGAGAGCCCUGGGGAGAGAACGGCUGGGCUCGGAUCGUGACGAGCUCCUACAAGGGCGGAAAAGGGAACGACUACAACCUGGGCAUCGAGCAAGACUGCGCUUAUGGGGACCCCAUCAUUUCCCCUUAAUGCCCCAUAUCCCUCCCCCUCUAUCCCCAACCACUAACCCUUACGGCAUCCUAUAAUAACCAUAUCCCCGUCUCUUCCAAUCACUAACCCUAACAUCUAUAAACCCUAUCCCUAACUCUCUAAACCCUAACCAUAACGCUUAAUCUCUAAAAUCUAGACAUAUCCCCUGUCCUCUAACCCCCCCUCUGUCUCUGCCACAUACAAAGCAAUGUCUGGGGGUUUUUAAUCAGGAACAUCGACUCUUGAUGCUUUUACUUUUAAUCGGUGCACGGCUAACAAGUACUAAUUAUCACAAAUCCAGUGGGUUUUACAUAUCCCUUAUUUUAAUAUCACGUUUGCACCAGUGUUAUGGUUUGUGCUAUCGGCGUCGCAUCACAGGAUGAAGGAUCUAUUUGGAAACCCUCGCGGUGAGCAGUGCACCACCCUGUAUGUUAGAGGACAGCCUGCAGAAGUGGAUAUCACAGAGCUUCUUGUCCACACAGAAGGCAGCACUUUCUCAACCGCCCCGCCAUAUCAGAGUAAUGUUCACGUGACACUUUUUAAACCAUUGUUUAUUCUCAGAGCUGGAAUGUAGCCAAAUUAAGCGCGAAACCAAAUUUAAUGUGCUCAGGGUGUUUUUGUGAAUGUAUUGGCAAUUGGGCUGAGACCAACUCGCUGCACUUUUGAGUCUGAGUCUUCGUGCCUCUGUGUGAGCCACUGCUAACUGGGCUGAGGCCAUUGGAUUGGAACCCAGGACCAGCAGAGAUAUCACACCCGCCACUGAUGUUGAUCGUGGGCAGGAUUAAAACUCAGGCAGGUUCAUAGCACAGUGUGCUAACCACUGAACCUUCUUUCCUCCCGCCCCCCAUCAUCAUCACGUGUCUGUGUCAAAUGUGUAAGGUUAAUGGUGGUGAGGUGCGCUACUUGACAGAAGGGACUCCACUAGAGGGAGCUCAAGAGCCCCUAUAGAGGGUAUUUGGCCUACUCUUCCACUCUGGCCUAGACGUGUCAAAUGUGUGCUCGUUUUAAUGCGUGACAUUGGGUUAUGCGUUCUUUUUUUUUACAUUUUCUGUCUUUUCUUGUUGAACGCGAAUGGAUAUUUUUCAUAUUUGCAAGUGAUUUUGUAAUACCAAUUGCAGCGCUUGGGUUUUAUGACGGUAAUUGUGAUUGUUUUUAAUUCUGAAUAAGCUCCGAGGCGUGCUUCACGAAUUCAUUAUUUCAAUCGAAUCCCCCCCAGCCCCCUCAAAAAGGACACGGUGAGAGAGUCCUGGAGGUGGGGGUGUAACCUACACCAGGACCGGUGAGAAUUCACGAGUCUAGUAUGGUAAUUAUUUGCCAGAGUGAUCUGGGCCAUUAGUCUGCCUGUUGUGGGCGAUUAAUUCGCUGUCCAGUCCCAAUUGAGUGACGUGCAGGUAACUUUUGAAUUGGGCAAAUCAUACUGAGAGAAUUGGGCCCAGGAAUGAAUCGCCAAGUGGAUCUUCACCUCCGAUUAGCACGGCGCUACCCAAGUUCAACAUACAUAAACCUUGGAUACCCAUAAUGCCCAUGUGCCAACAACAUUUUAGAAUAUGUUUUAACAAAUGAGUAGUAAUACACUUGAUUAUUGCAGUGUUUGUUUCUCAACUACUCAUCGGUAACUUCGGGAGCCAAUAUAAAUACUUUUAUUUGGUAACAAAAAUAAACAUUUCGGGCUACAACUCAUUCCUUCUGUCUCUCAGGGCUUUCUGUGCUACCAAGAAGGGCCGUUGUCCAAAACACCCCCGAUUACAUAUUAGUCAUCGAAGGCAAAUGUGUCGAGACACGUUCCGCUCACAAAGGCGUGCAGGCUUAAGGUGCAGCCCUGCAAGAGCACGCACACGCCGUUGAUUGCGGAAGGGCCUCUACCCGCGGGAGCUUUAAAGCUCUUGAGUGGUAUUUUGGCCUCUGUACCAGCGCAUACGCACACUGUUCCCGACCACAUCCGACCUGCCAAGCGACUGAUACGUAAUGAUGUGGGGGGUUCUCUUUUUACCCCCCCCCCCCCACCAAAUCAAAUAAAGGCGAUAUCAAAGAUUA